GGGUGAUGGGCAGGUAACAGACGCCCUCCUCACUGUCGUCAAGGAGGCAGCAUGACCGAGUGCUUCCUGCCCCCCACCAGCAGCCCGGGUGAGCACCGCAGGGUGGAGCAUGGCAGUGGGCUCACCCGCACCCCCAGCUCUGAGGAGAUCAGCCCCACUAAGUUUCCUGGAUUGUACCGCACGGGCGAGCCCUCGCCUCCCCAUGACAGCCUCCAUGAGCCUCCCGAUAUAGUGUCUGAUGAUGAGAAGGACCAUGGGAAGAAAAAAGGAAAAUUUAAAAAAAAGGAAAAAAGGACUGAAGGCUAUGCCGCCUUUCAGGAAGAUAGCUCUGGAGAUGAAGCCGAAAGUCCUUCCAAAAUGAAGAGGUCCAAGGGGAUCCAUGUUUUCAAGAAGCCCAGCUUUUCUAAAAAGAAAGAGAAGGAUUUUAAAAUAAAAGAGAAACCCAAAGAGGAAAAACAUAAAGAAGAAAAACACAAAGAGGAAAAACAUAAAGAGAAAAAGUCAAAAGACUUGACAGCAGCUGACGUGGUUAAACAGUGGAAGGAAAAGAAGAAAAAGAAGAAGCCAAUUCAGGAGCCAGAGGUGCCUCAGAUAGAUGUCCCGAAUCUCAAACCCAUCUUUGGGAUUCCUCUGGCUGAUGCAGUGGAGAGGACCAUGAUGUACGACGGCGUUCGGCUGCCGGCCGUCUUCCGGGAGUGUGUGGAUUAUGUGGAGAAGCAUGGCAUGAAGUGUGAAGGCAUCUACAGAGUGUCAGGAAUUAAAUCCAAGGUGGAUGAACUGAAAGCAGCCUAUGACAGAGAGGAGUCUCCAAACUUGGAAGAGUAUGAGCCUAACACUGUGGCCAGUUUGCUGAAGCAAUACCUGCGGGACCUGCCCGAGAACCUGCUGACCAAGGAGCUGCUGCCCCGCUUUGAAGAGGCUUGUGGGCGGAGCUCAGAGGGCGAGAAGGUGCAGGAGUUCCAGCGCCUGCUGGAGGAGCUGCCCGAGUGUAACCGUCUGCUGAUCUCCUGGCUGAUCAUGCACAUGGACCACGUUAUUGCCAAGGAGCUGGAAACAAAAAUGAACAUCCAGAACAUUUCUAUAGUGCUCAGCCCGACUGUCCAGAUUAGCAAUCGUGUCCUAUAUGUGUUUUUCACACACGUGCAAGAGCUCUUCGGAAAUGUGACACUGAAGCAAGUGACGAAACCUCUGCGAUGGUCUAACAUGGCCACGAUGCCCACACUGCCCGAGACCCAGGAGAGCAUCAAGGAGGAGAUCAGAAGACAGGAGUUUCUUUUGAACUGUUUACAUCGAGAUCUGCAGGGUGGGAUAAAGGAUUUAUCUAAAGAGGAAAGAUUAUGGGAAGUACAAAGAAUUUUGACAGCCCUCAAAAGAAAACUGAGAGAAGCUAAAAGACAAGAGUGUGAAACCAAGAUUGCACAAGAGAUAGCCAGUCUUUCAAAAGAGGAUGUUUCCAAAGAAGAAAUGAAUGAAAAUGAGGAAGUCAUAAAUAUUCUUCUUGCCCAGGAGAAUGAGAUCCUGACUGAACAGGAGGAGCUCCUGGCCAUGGAGCAGUUCCUGCGCCGACAGAUCGCCUCGGAGAAAGAAGAGAUGGAACGCCUCCGAGCGGAGAUCGCCGAGAUCCAGAGCCGCCAGCAGCACGGCCGCAGCGAGACCGAGGAGUACUCAUCAGAGAGCGAGAGCGAGAGCGAGGACGAGGACGAGCUGCAGCUCAUCCUGCAGGACCUGCAGCGGCAGAACGAGGAGCUGGAGAGGAGACCGAGGGCUGUGGGCGGCUUCCCCUCCCUCAGGCAGGUGCCAGGACAGACCUCCACGCCGGAUCCCAGCUCGGGAGUCCUCUCCCCAGAGCCGCGGGCCGAGGCCAGGGGGCCGUGGGAGACGGGCCAGCUGGCAGCACCUCGUCCUCCUCAGCAUUUUACAGAGCAUACGAACAUGCUGAGUAGGAAAACGGUCCUCCAGAACUUCAGCGCUCGGGCUGUAGGUCAGGCUGCUGCAAUGAAGGGAACAGCCCCCUGGUCUGAACAAGGGCCCCCGCCCCAUCUGGCCGCCCACCAGAUCAAGAACAACCAUCUGAACCAGGCGAUUCACGAGGAGCGUGAGGCCAUCAUCGAGCUGCGGGUGCAGCUCCGCCUGCUCCAGCUGCAGCGCACCCGGCCUGAGCCCCAGGCUGAGCCCGAGCCCAUCGCCAGGGAGCCGCCCCCGAGCGGCAAAGAGCAGCCUCGGCCUUCGCCCGGCAGGGACAGGAAGGAAACGCCCAUCUGAGCGCCACCCGCCCGUCCGGAGCAGUGGCCUGGAGCCCCGUCAGCGCCGCCUCCACUGUCCCCACUGUAAAGAUGCCUCCUCCACGCGGGCGGUGCUCACCGCAGGUGACACGAGGACAGAGCGGCACGCGGUGCGGGCUUGUCGGGCACAGAUGAGUUUCCAGCUAGUGUCAGCUUCUUUGAAGAUUAAUUUCCUUUGUUAAAAUAACUAUUUUAACCCUU